CAGAUAUACAAUCGCUCGGAUCACAGGACACUUGUUACACAGCUGAUACGCUGUUCGGAUUCCCCAUACAGAGUUGCUGGCCUCCUUCUCUCCCCGCCAUCAUGUCCGAACCAUCAUCGUCUUACGCGAACAUUCCCCCGCCGACAGACGAUAUCGAUUCCCUGCCUUCAUCCUCGGCCGGCUCAAGCACAUCAGUGUCGCCCAGUGAAGAGGAGGAAUACUCAGAUGCGGAGCGCGAAUGGAGAGAAAGCUUGCAACAGUUGGAGCUCAUGUUGACUUUGGUGCUCAUACCGUAUCUCGGCAAAUACUUUGGGCGGAAAUGUGCAUACUGGGGGUGGGCGAAAUUCAUGGAAUGGAAAUACCCGGUCACCGUUGAGAUCACGAGUUCCAAGGCAUUCAAGGGAGCUGGAGCUAUUGAAGCUGCUGCAUCACUGUGAGGAGAUGAACGCAAAGCCGCGGUGUCAAUCGUCAUGGCUCUGCGUGCCAUCAUCUGGGAUUAAGAGAAUGCAAACAAAUCCGGCACCACUUCCUCCUGACACUGCUCCAAGUGGCUGCCUGCAGCUAAUGCGGAUGAUGGUUGGAAAGCAGCCACAGAGCAACAUCUUCUGAUAACUUUGACUUUGCACGGCCAGCAGGAGACGCCAUACGAUUUCAUGCACAGUCAUCUCUCACUUCAGAUCAGACACCGCUGGGCCAUUGCUCAAACGUCUUCCUGCCCUCGGUACCUCGGGCCUUUAAACAACCACGGACACUUUAUGACGGGUGGGCCGAAUGUAUUAAAGGGCAGUCCAUGCAAACGGCGUGUUGUGGUUUGCUGGUGGCGGAAAUUCUCGUAGGAACUCACGGGGAAUAUCCUCUCAGCCUGAGCCAGAAGAUCGAGCGGCUCCCGCCAGCUGUCACAAGCAUUCUGAGCUUCGAAGGCUUCAUGUUCGAUGGCGAGGCUUCGAGACAGGAUACUGUUUGUGACGUGCGAGAAAGGCUUAAAAAAGGUCAAGCUGUGAGGCUUGGCUUCGCCCACCUUUCCAACGACCUAUCAGGAAUGUAGGGCAGGAUUCACAAGCCUCAAACAUUGAGACACCGCUCUCUUUCAGACAGGUUUGUCACAUUAAGCGAGCCGGACUAUGCAACUUUUCUGGCCACUGCUCAGUUGAAAAGGCAAAUCAGAAGCUCAUACAGUCACUUGCCCGUGGCUUCUGAUGCAAUGCUGCACUAGAAAAUGCUACAUAGUUACGUUUGGGACGAUGUGCACCCUUCCGUGCUGCAGACCACAGCCAAUGGAAAAUGGAUAUAAGAGGAUGCACGCAGCGCUGCGCCACGAAUUUCUCAUAAUCGCAAUCGUACUGAACACAGGCUCUGCCGCAGCAAAGUACAAAUCCUAUUCUUAUGCGACCGC